UUCAAGAUUUAAAAAGUCUUGUCGUCAGCCGAACGUCAGGAUCAGCCAUGGCGUGGUUUUCCCGGGUUCCUGUGGUAGAUGUGACCAAAGACAACUUCAAGGAGCUGUGGCCGACCAUCUUAGUAGCGCUGAAGACGGCGACAUUUGUUGCCUUGGAUUUGGAGCUCAGUGGUCUCGGAAACCGCAGGAACCUAAACACGCCGUCGGUGGAUGACCGGUACAAAUCUCUGGCCGGGGUGGCCAGGUCGCGUGCUGUGCUCUCCAUGGGACUGUCCUGCUUCAAACUUAACAACAUAGCCGAGGAUGGAUCACUUGUCCUCCCAUUCACCACCCAAACCUUUAACCUGACACUGCUGUGUUCAGAAGAGUAUGUGGUGGAGCCCAUCUCUCUCAAGUUUCUGGUGGAUCAUGGCUUUGACUUCAACAUGCAGUAUUCACAGGGCGCCCCCUAUCACAGAGGAGCAGAUAAGAAUGGAGAAGUCCCCCAGAGUGUGCGCCAGUUGUUCAGUGAACUGGUAUGCAGUAGAGUUCCCCUUAUACUGCACAAUGGACUAGUGGACCUUGUCUUCCUAUACCAGUCCUUCUACACAGAACUUCCCCCCACGUUGGGUAGUUUCCUGGCAGACUUGUCCGAGAUGUUUCCUGCUGGCAUUUUUGACACCAAGUGUAUCACAGACUUCCACAUCCGCAUGCCAGCCUCCUACCUGGAGUAUGUCUUCAGAAGAAGCCAAAGAGAGAAUGCAGUGCACCAGACGAAGCAGCAGCCCCAUGUGACCCUGACCUUCCCCCCCUACCCACCCCACAUGGUGUGUGUGGAGUACAGAGACUGCUGCUUGCCUGACAACCUUCUCAACACCACACAGAGCACCACUGUAAUACCCUACUGUGAACAGUAUGCUGCCCAUGGUACCUGUCCCAAAGGUGUGCUCUGCCCCCAGUCACAUGACCCUGACAUCAUCAUUGACCAAGAGGACUGGGUCAAGGCUAGAAAGAAACGGAGGCGAGACAGGAAAAGGAAGAAAGGCAACAAGCUGGAGGAAGAACAGGACAAAGAAGGGAAUCCUGUUUCCAUGGAAACAGAUGAUGGGAGAGAUGUUUCAGGCGUGGAAGGUACUGUUCCUGACAGUCAGACACAUACCGACCAAUCAGAUGGUGGAACUGAUAAUGUGGUGGCAAAGACACGUGUAGGUUGUCACAGGGCUGGCUUUGAUGCCUUCAUGACAGGUUUUGCGAUGGCAACCAUGGUAUGCAAAUUAGGGAAGCUCUGUAAAGAGGCUGACUCAUUUACAACAAUGUUCCAGCUGGAAGAGUUUGCUAACAGGGUGUACCUCAGUGGAAAGGACUUUCCGUUGCAGAUAGCUAGAAGUGCUUUUGCCAAACCUUCGAACCACCACAAGGCUAAGUUUCAAAGACUUCAGCAUGGAGGGACCUCUUUUUAAUAAUUUCAAUGUGUUAGUUGAGAUUGCUGCAUGUCAGGCUCACUGUCAACAACAUGUAACUAUAGUCAGUUUUACUUUUGACUACCAAUGUAAGCUCAGUCAGGAUAGGUAGGUCAUACUUUUAUUUUAGGCUGCUGUCCAAGGCAAAGAGAAAGACUUUUAUGUGUGCAUAUUAAGAAAUAGAAUAAAAAAAUGGACAUUACUAAUGAAGUAAGGUAGUAAAGUACAAAUGGAAGUGAAGUAAAGGGCAAUUAUGUUACUAAACCUGGUCUUUACCUGGUUUUAAGAGUGUUUCGAUGUAAUAAUCAUAGAUAUUUUAUUCCAAUAAAAACAUUGUUGCAACUUUCAAAGAUUUACCAUAUCUUUCUCCGCUAAUUGCAGUUGUCUGCAGAUAAACUGUCCAUAUCAUCCCAAAUUAACUGCCCUAUUAUGACACUGAAUAAAAGACACUUCAUCAAGAUCUGCUCCA